GGGAACGCCUUCUGUUGAAUAAUAAAAGGAAUGAUUUCUGACACUGGCUGUACAGAAGAGAAGGAUCUAUCCCUGCGGAGAGCUAUUUUGCAGGUGCAGAUUGUCUAUACUGAGAAGACAUGAAGUUCCUCCUAAUCUUGCUUUUGCUCAUCCCGGUCAUAACUAAGAAAGACCAAGUCCUAAGUGCAGCAAUAAUAGGAAAUACGGACAUUCAGGAAGGUUUGAGCCCAACCAACGCAGAGGCCAAGAACAAGGAGGCCCACCGGCUGUUUUGCAUUCUUCUCCCGGGGUGGAAUGAACCAAAUGGCGACCUUCAUCCCCCAAAUGGUAAUGUCAUCUUUCUAGACAACUCGCUGACCUUGCCGAAGAACUUUCAAGAUGAUGUACAAAAUAACGGCAAUGCCAAAAUUUUGGAGGUCGACUUCCGUCACCCAAAAGAGGCCGAAAAAGAAAUAAAUGAUUAUGUGAAGAGUAAGACUGAAGGCAAAACUGGGGAUGUUGUCAAAGAUCUUUCCAAAGACACAAAGAUGGUUCUGAUCAACUAUUCUCUAAUAAAGGGGAAAUGGCGGGUGACUUUUCAUACAGAUAAUGCAAAAUUUGGUAAGUUCUUUGAUGAUGAGAAGACAACGGUGGAUGUUCCAAUGAUGAAUCUCACGGGUCUCUUCAACACUUACCAUGCCACGGAUCUCCCUUGUACCGUGGCGGAGCUUCCAUACAAUGAUGACGAAUCCAUGAUUAUCGCCAUGGCCGAGCCGAGCAAGAUCAAUGAGGUAGAGCGAGGAUUGUCCGCUGAGACCGUACAACGGCCUAUCUAUUGGUUCGUUAAUCUUACUUUUAUAUUCUUGGGGAAACCUUUACUAAGCCUUGGCACCAGAACCGCCUCUACCGACGACGCUGAAUUCUCACGGAUUGGUAACGACGUCAACCAUAAAGAGGGGAAAGCUCUUAUGAGAAUCAUAAUAAAAGAAGAGGGGACAUCGGUUACUGGGUCCAUUGUAUUGGAGGCCACGCCUACUCAGGAGGUGCUUUUACUACAAACGGAUAUAAAUGAUGAUAUAGUGAUGACAGAAGACCUUACACCGGGAGUAUUUACUUCAGUAAAGGAUUUUUUAAAAUGGGUUAGACAGCUACAAAAUGACUAAAAAAGCAACAACAUUCUUUCCAUGGGAACUCACAAAUCCUGCGCCGGAAUAAACCCGACCGUUUCCAUGGAAAACACCAAUGUAACCUUCAAUGGCUUCAAUAAAACUUGAUAUAUAAAAGCUGAA